UUCUGAUUCUGUAGAAACGUAAAAGGAAAAAAAAAAGAAUUUGGAGAAACAACUUUCAUAGUAGAGUUCCUUAGGGUUUGCUCAACAAUGGUGGAUCCAGUGAUGGUGUCUUCUAACAACAAACCUAUCUUCUUCACAGAUCUGUCUGGACAAAACUCCAUUCCCACGAUUCCGGAUUCGUUUAUUUCGAAUCACGUGAAGGGUAAAACUCAGUCAACGAAACUGAAACUGACUACGGAUGUUUCGGACAGAUCGUGGGAAGUCGAACUGGACGGCCAGAGAUUCGCUCGCGGAUGAAAACAAUUCUGGGUCCACCAUGGUGUCCGAAACGACGAGUUUUGAGUUUCAGGCACGACGGCGACAUGGUUUUCCACGUCACGCCCUUCGGCCGUAGCUUCUCUCAUCAGAUACUACAGUUCAUCUCUUCUACCUCCGAAGAUGAAAAUGAAGACGAUGAACAUAAUAUCUUUGAUGAUGAUGUUUUUGAUGAAGACGACGACGAGGAGCAUGCCGAUGCUGGAGAUGAUGAUGAUGAUGAUGAUGAUGAAGAUGAAGAUGGAGAUUCAGAAGAGGAAUUAUGUCCAAACAAAACUUCGUCGAAGAAGAGAGCAAUAACAGAAACAGAGAACUCUUACCUUCUUGCGCACGUCACAUCUUCAACCCUAAGCCGAAAUCACUUGAGUUGUUCAAAAUCCCAACAUCCGGUGAGAGAUACAGACACCAAGAUGAUCGAUGCUCAAUGAUGUGGUGGAAUGUUAAAUCA